CAGAGGGAUGUUGUGUUUGUGUCCAGCGGCCUUCAGUGAUGGCGGCUUUACUCUUUGUGCUCUUGUUGUCGGGCGUGAGCGCCUCGCUGGCUGGCCGUGACUUUGUGUUCUCUAAAAAGAGUUUUUCAGAUUACCAGCAAAAGAACCCCAAGCCCCAGGUUCCGGCGGAACAGCGGCAGCCCCUCAACACGGUCCGGGUGACCUGCCACCCGGACUCCCUGGAGAUCCUGAUCCAAGCCGACCUGUUUGCCGUGGGGUCGCCCGUCCACAGCUACGAGGUGCGCCUCGGGGUGGAGCCCAACGAAGACUUCUGCAGCGCCGCGCCGUCCUCUGCCCACGAGUACAGGAUUCUUGUUGGGCUGCUGGACUGUGGCACCAAAUAUUGGAUGACUGACAUGUCCCUCGUGUACACCAACCUGCUUGUCUACACUCCCGCGCAGUCUCCCGAUGGCCUGAUCCGAAUGGACGGUGCGGUCGUUCCAAUAGAGUGUCACUAUGCAAGGCGCUACAGUCUGUCCAGUUCUUCCCUCACACCCACCUGGAUCCCCUUCAUGGCCACACAAACUGCAGUGGAAACUCUGGACUUUAACCUCAGAAUUAUGACUGACGACUGGCAGCAUGAGAGGGGAGUGAAUGUGUACUACUUGGGCGAGCCAAUUUUCAUCGAGGCCUCUGUCCGAUUGGGCCAUCACGUGGGCCUGCGCGUGUUCCUGAGCAACUGCGUGGCCACGCUGCAGCCGGACAGCCACUCUGUGCCCAGAUAUGUCUUCAUUGAGAACGGAUGCUUGUUGGAUUCCAAGCUUCAGCCUUCAAAGUCUCGCUUCCUGGCGAGGACACAAGAUGACAAGCUGCAAUUUGUCAUUGAUGCAUUCAGGUUCCAUGAUCAGGACAGGGGAGAGCUUUACAUCACAUGCAUCCUGAACGCAGUGUCUGUCAAUGAUGCAGAGGCCUCCAACAAAGCGUGCACUUUUGUCAAUGGGAGGUGGCGGUCAGCUGAUGGCAACGACUACCUGUGCGGGUAUUGCCAAAGCGAAGUUGGACAACCUCAAAGUAAACCCGCCAAGAUCAGUCCUCGCGGUUUCAGCAAGCCAGCCCGACCGGAAUUUCAUUGGCAAAGACUUCCUGCUAGCGGGUGGGAACAGCAGGCAAAUGUGGGUCCCAUGUUGGUUCUCCCAAAGCAAAAUAGUUGGAGUGUCCCUGACAAGGAGCUGCCUCCGGUGCUUAAAAAGCUCAGCAGGCCUGCUCUGUACGGCAGCCAGUGGAUGAGUGGCCUCAAGUACAUGCAUGACCUGGAGAAUGGGCAGCUUCCUGGUCUGGUCACUGAAGACCUUUCCGCUGACAAUGAAGACUACAUCCCCCUUGUUGACCCCACAAGUGAAUUGGAUAUAAAAGAUGAAGAAAGUGAACUUGUUGAAGCUGCACCCAUCCUGCCAGAUGAACACGAUGACAACUCCACUGAGCUUGUUGAGCAGUGGCCUGAGGUGGAUGUCACCCUUGUCGCCAAUUCAACUGAUGCAGUCUGACAACUCUAUAAAUGACUAAGAGAAUAAAACUAUUUGUAAUGAAACUUGA